AUGGGUUGCGAACAGGUUUUAGGCGGGAGAACCCUACGAGGAAUCUUUGCAGACGAUUUUGCCUGCACCAGUAAGGAAGUCUGGUACCAGCACUAUACACCAGCUGAUCAUUGUCGACGGGAGGGAGAGGGAGCCAGAAACAAUAUUCGAGAACGAAAACGGCUAAACCAAGUUGCCAAUGGGUUUCUGGGUCGACAAGAGAGUAUCAGUGCGUUUGCUCAAGCCGCCCUUGGUUUCGUGGUUCAUCGAGAGGCCGUUGCCACAAGCACGUUUCUCCCUUUAUCAACGGUAGAACUGCCCUGCAUGGCGAUGUUGAGUGACCUUGUCUUGUUCGACCCUUCGAUUGAUGUGCUUAGUGCACACACCAUUCGAUAUAGCUAUUUCGAUACCACCACAUUUUGUGCUUGCCAACUGGUUGGGUUUUUGAUAUGUGCGCAUACAUCCAUUACCAAUAUGAACGACGUGGGGCUGAUGAGGCAAUCUUGCCAGGAGCAUUGGCAAUGUGCAUUCCUGGUCCCAUCGCCCGUGCGUUAG